AUGGUAUAUCUAUUCUGUUCAUCAAUCUAUGCUUCGAAUGACUGGUCAACAUUUGAAGCAAGCGAUAGGUUUCCAUAUACUGAUAAAAGUAAUUGUGUAUUUCCAUUUACAUAUAAGAAUAUCGUUUAUAAUGAUUGUACCACUGAUGGAGAUAAUGGAGAUUUACCAUGGUGCUCAUUAACAGAACCUUACCAGGGUGUAUUUAGUUAUUGUUAUAAUUUCUGGAAUUCAAGUUUACAAUGUCUUCCUUCAUUUACAGUUAACGGAAUCACUUAUACUAAAUGUGAUUAUUUAUCUAGAGUAGCACCGUACAAACAAUGUAAAACAAAUCAUCCUACUAUUAAAUAUCGUUAUUGCAUAGAAGAACAUGUUAAAAAGAGUGGAAAACGUUUAUUUCGUCCGGAUACAUGCGAUCCAGCUUACAAAGCGUUGUCUUCUUUGCAUACAAAGUGCUUUGGACCAAGUGAUUUUGCAAUUCCAGUUAAAAUAAAUGAAACUGAAAAACAACAACUUCUUGAUAAACAUAAUGAAUAUCGUGCAGCUGUUCCAUCGAGAUACAUGUUCAAACUCUAUUGGGAUGAUGAAUUAGCUCAGCUUGCUCAAGCUCAUUCUGAUAUGUGUGCUUUUGAUCAUGAUCUAGCUGGAAAUCGUUUAAGUCCAAAAUUUGGAUGGAAAAAUGGACAAAAUAUGGUUGUGUCAAGUGAAAUUCGUAGUUCUUUAGCUAGUCUAUUAGAUAUGAUGCUUGGUAGUGAAAAAUCCAAUUUCAAAUAUGGUGAAGGAUGUUCUCCAGAUCCAGGUACAUGUUUACAUUAUACACAAGCAAUGUUAAGUAAUAUGACACGUGUUGGUUGUGCUCAUACACAUUGUCUAUUUCCUGAUCGCAUUGAACGUUAUUUAACAUGUAACUAUCUUCAUUCACAAUAUCAAGAUAAUUAUAAAACUCCAUAUGUACCGAAUAAUGUUCCUGCUGUUGAUUGUCCAUCAAAAAAUAGUGGAAAUUUGUGUGAUUGUGGUAAUAAAAUUUGUAAUUAUAAUAAUGGUGAAUAUCUUGAACCAAAUACAUGUAAUUGCAAAAAAGUAUUAAGCAAACGAUCGAUUAAUAAACGUGACGCUGAUGAUGAUGAAUUAACAAAUAAUGAAAAACCAUUUGUAGCUGUACACAGUGGAAACAUUGCAGAUUUACAUAUGCGUAAAAAACGAAGUUUCAACGUGAUUUCACAAAGUAAAGUUGAUAACGAAAUUUCUGGAAAAAACUCGCAUGUCAAUCGAGACGAACAAAAUGAAGUGGUACAUAAUAUUCAUGUAAUUGAAGCAAAUUUGCCUCAUCAUUAA